AGCCGUCGGAUCAGGGUCAGAAUCAUGUCGGGAUCUCACUGGGCCCACCAAACGGGGCCGUCGCGGAGUGGUGUGCGUGCGCUCCCGUGUCGCUGCGGAGUGCCGAGUCCACAGGCCACGGCUCAGUUCAGGUGAGGUCGCCGCGUCCCCACACCGCCCGCCCGCCGCUUCCGGAUCGAGUGAGCCGCCCCGCCCAGCUGCGCGGAUAGGAACGGGACGGGAUGAGGCCCGCCGCUGGCAGGGCGGCGUUCGCGUCAGUGCUGCUGGCACCGCAGGCGGUCGGGGCGUCCCUGGUCGCCUCCCGCUGCGCCUCCUCUGCGGCCAUCGCCGCCACCGCCUACGAUCAUGGAUCGUUUGUUAAGGAAAUCGCUGCAACUGAACCUCCGGAGCAUCUCAAUUCUCUGUUGAAUGUGCUUCAGUCUCGAGGUGAAAAGAUUGUUUCUCCUGGGGCAAAACGAGGAUUGAUUCCAGUUGUUGUCCCCUUAUCAGAAAGCCCAGCAGGUAAUUUGACAUCCCUCCUUAGAUGGCCAACUGCUCCGCCCGGGAUGGAAAUGCCUGUAGUGGAAGUUCGUAAGCACGGGUUGUGGCUUUUGGCUAAGAAUGUGAACCAAUAUAUUCACAGAAUACUUGUUGAGGCUGAUAUCAGUGCUGAUAGUGGUGAUGAUUUAUGGUCUGCUGUGGGUGAAGCUGGUAAAAAUCUUUACACUAAAGGUGACUUCAAAGAGUCGCAGCUGGCAGAUCUUGAUGUCUAUUUGUUGAAGAAGGUUGGACUUUUCUCUGAUGUUCUAGAGAGGAAAACAUUGCACCAUCUGGAAAAAGGAGACAAUGUCUCAGCUCUUAUUACUGGAGAAUUUUACACUAGAGAUCAAUUUCCUGGAUUUGGACGACCCUUCGUGUUCAAUGCAGAGAUUUUAAAAAGAGUUGGACGUACAUCUGAAGCCAAAGAUUCAGCUCGAGUGGCUUUGAAGUCACCAUGGUGGACACUAGGAUGCAGUUACGAAGAGGCUGCUGAACUAGCCGGGUGGGAGGAUGAGCAGAUCGAGUUUAUAAGAGAGAAGGUAACUGAGGUGGGAAAGCGUGAGGAUCUGAAGAAAGGAAAAGCUCCAGAACAGGUGGUUCUUGAUGAGGCAGCAUUUCUGAUGGAUUUAGCGUCAGUGGAUGAUAACUGGGAUGAUGUUGUGGAUCGGAUUGCUGAAUGUUACAGAGAAGCUGGGCUUCAUGACAUUGCAAAGUUCAUUGCUUACAGGGAAUAGCUGUUAGAUUCCCUAUGAGUUAAAACUUCUCAUAAUAGACGCCGCACAGGAGUCACCCACCGCCGACGUGGGAGAGAACUACCCCACCAUCGGAUCUGCCGCUCUCGACCACCGGAUCUGCAGGGAGGGCAGGCACGCAUGGAGGGAGGUAAGCGACAACUCGCUAAACCUGAGUUGUGGCGACCUCCGGUUCAUCGCCACGACACUAUAUUACCGUUAUGUAAACGAUAUAACGUUGUGCUAAUAACUCUGGCGAAUUCUGACAGAACGAGGGUGUUUGCAAUUGGCUGUUGUCUCAAUGGGGUUCAGGUUACCAUCUACAAUGGCGUUAAGCAAGACCAUAGCUCAGCCAUGCUUAUCUUUGGUUUCCUGUUGAUACCUGGGAAUUGAGAAGAUAAGUCAACAUUGUAUGUAUAUGUGUAUGACGCAAUUUUGCUCUGCGAUA